UGUAACACGUUUUCUAAAUAUUAUCACCUUUGUUUUAGGAAUGAAGGAUACUUUUAGUACUAAAUAUUUGAUCAAACUAACAACUAUGUUAUUACUCUAGUAUUAAAUCCAUGAACUGCAACGAAGUCUUUGGAGUAGUUAAUAUUUUAAAAGAAUUGACUUGUUCUUCCCUCAGCUCUUGAACUUCCCGAAGCGGGAUAAACUUUUUUGUGUCAACUUUUUCUAAUUACUUAGAAUUUUUCGCAAAGUUUCGCACUGUAAAGUGCUAAUUAUCCGUUAUCGAGAAUAUCCCUGGUACAGUUUUGCGACCAAACGACCACGUCGCUCAGUAGUUUUGUUGCAAGCUUACGAUGCAGAUCACAGGUUUGUUGACGCGUUUUAGGCGCUUACUUCAGCGGCUAUACAUUGAGCGAGACUUUUUUCACCCGUUCGAGAUACUCCUGGCCCUGCCCGGGUUCCAUCUGGUGGAGAGAUUUCGUAAGCGUAGCUGGAUGCGCGUGUUGUUCGUGUUGACACGCGUUAUUCAGCUGCUGCAGUAUGCGUUGUGGGUGGAUCGCUUUUAUCUGGAAUUGAUUGAUUCAUCAGGUUCCUCCGAAAAGACGCUCCAUUACGGCAACACUCUCAGUGCGUUGACCAUGAUGCUCGUUCGAAUGUUUGUAGUGCACUGGUAUAUGCCGAACGUCGAAGAAUUCAAGAGAUAUCUUCGACGACAGAGACGACUGAGAGUUACGAAGCCUAACUCAGGAACGCACCGAAUAUCCUAUCGGAAAAUCGUUAACAUCGCCAUUAUGUUCCAGCUCGUCGGAUUGGCGGAUCGAUUGGUAUUUUGCUUCUCCAGUACAUAUCGUCAAGAGUUGUACGAGUUACCGUCGAAUCUUUUGGAACUUGGAUGGCCUAUGGAGAUAGUGUUACAUGUAGUUUCGUUCGACUUUGAGUCAAGAUGGAUUGCCACGUACAGCGUAUCAAUAACUGGCAUGAACUCUAUUAUGAUGGGACUGUACGACGAGCUAGUAGACAUUGCGGAGGAAUACCAAGAACUUUUCGCUAGAAGCAAGGAUGAUAGUUCUGAGUUCUGGUCUAGUCUGGAGCGCAACAUCGUGCAAGCUGUUAAGCGCCACGAAGCAUUCAUUUCGCAACUGGAUCAGCUGAAACCAUUCCUGCAGGCCACAUUCUUGGUGAUGUUCUACUCUGCGGCACUGUUCCUCGCGGUCGGUACCUUGUUGCUAAUAACCAACGGAAUGACGGUCUUCAAAGUUAUCUUUAGCGGAUUUCUGUUUGCGUUGCUACUUGAGUGUUAUUGGUGUUGUCAACUUGUCGAUCGACUCAACGAUAUGAACGCUCAGAUAGGUAUGCAUCUAUAUAGCCUUCCCUGGACAACGGAAUUACAGUACACCAUUCCCAAUGGUAGUCGCUACAGACAGGUGCGCUUAUCCUUGCUGAUUAUGAUGAGCAAGACGCAGAAGUCGCUGGAGAUUAAUUGUGGCGGAAUGUUCGAGAUGUCAAGAGAAGCAUUUGCCAGUUUGGUGAAGCUGGCUUACACAAUGCUAAUGUUUCUGCGUGAUACACAAAACUUUUCCUAA